AUGGCUGAUGGCGGUGAUGUCCACGUCGUCAUCCAGAAGAUCAGCGGCGAGACGGUGGAGACCACCGCUCGAUUGGAGGAACUUCCCCCUUCUGACACGGUCGGAGACUUCAAGAGUCGGAUUGCACCGGAGGUCAAUGUUCCAACGAUUUGCCAGAGGCUGGUCCUGCACAGCGUCCCCCAGAAGCUGAUCUUCCAGCGCAUCGUGAUGGUUCUGCAGCUGCUGGUGGCCCUUGGCCCUUCUGCCUUCGAGAACUUGCCCCCCUUAGCCCAGUUGGGCUUGGAGCCCUGGAAGGAGGAUUUCGACUGGCGCAGCCAGGAGUUGCGAAAUGGAGUGCCGAUCAGCGUCUACUGCACGGAGACAUCCAUCUCCGAAGGCUUCGGGGCAAUCGAAGUCUCCGCGGUGACGGAAGAGAAGCUCGAGGCGGUGCGCGCCUUGGGCGAUCUCGGGGGGAAGUGCCCGGAGAAGAGCAUCCCAGCUCUCUGUCGCUGCUGGUCUGGCUGGCAUACCGCUGAAGCCGCUUUCAGGUCUCUGAAGCUCAUCGCCAGUCCCGGGGGAGACGCUCUGGAACUCUUCCUGGCCUCGAGCCCCAGGUUCUUUGCCUUCGAGUAUGCCGUGAGGGCGGCCUUUUAUCUGGGCCCUGAGAGCCCGGAAGUCUGGGCUGGUGUAGUGGAAGGCCUCGUCACAGGGAGCCGGGAAGCAUGCUUGGAGACGUUCAAAGAGAUGCUGCCGACAGCGAGCGUCUCCAACGCGAUCCAGGGGCUGCUAAAGGCCUCGUUUCGGACGGAGUUCAGCGCCCAAAGUUUGGACGCGGUUCUACGGGAGGCGCUGGCUCUGCUUGGGGAGCGCGACAGGGGCGGCCUUGUGGAGGGGUUUAGCGGCUACCUGGAUCCGGCGCAGCCAACCUGGGUCCAGGCGCGUGCAAGCGCCUGGGUGGCGGAGUUGGUGCAAGGACCCGAGGAGAGCUUGGCGCAGGUUAUGUUAGCAGCCCUCCGCCAUCUGCAUGGGCAAGAACUUGUGACGGUGGCCAAAUCUCUUCUCCGCAUUUCUCCGUCAUCAAAGCCUGAAGCUCUGGAUGCUCUCUGCAAGGAGCUUUUUCAGGCGACGCGUGGUGCAGGCGGCAGAGACAUGUUCCUGGCGGAAAUCGAAAGCCUUACCGAAGCGGACGACCCCGUCGUGCUGAAGCGGCUGAAGGACUUCGUCACGAGGGGGGAGCACCUCCUCAAGUCGGACCGAGACUGGUCAUCGCUAUCCGGCGCCAUGAAGGCCCUGGACCAUUUGGACCAGACAAGCCGAACUUUCUUUCUCGAAGCGUAUCGACGUCUCACAAGGACCGCCGCACGCUUUUGCCACUACUCCGCUGACUUGAACGGCUUGUGCGCAGAAGCUCCGCGCCAUCUCCUCCAGCUCGCCAGAGCGCAUGGAGGAGUUGAACACGAAGUCCUGGUGGAGCUUCGCAACGGCUUCAAGUCUCAAAACGGGCGAAUACGCACUGGAUGCUUCAAGACCUUUGCGGCCAUCCCCAAACAGGACGUACACCAAGCAAAUUCUCUUCUGCUUCAAGUCAUCAACAGCGACGAGCAGUCGUGGUCCAGGCAGGCGGCCAUGCGAGGCUUCGACCUUUCCCCCGCAGCCCUGGAAGAGCUGGGGCCCGGCGAGGUGGAGGAGAUCAAGACGUCGCUCCUCCGCGCCGCAGAGGAUCCCACUCUCGGCUUGCGAGCUGCGGCCCUAUCUGCUUUGAGGCCUCUUUCACGGGAUGAAGAAGUCCGAAGUGCGGCGCUGAAGUAUUUCGGAGAUUCCGACAGCUCCGUGAAGCUGGAGGCACUGGGACUGUUGGCCGAGCAGCUAGUUCCGGUGCCUUUCAGCUGCCUUUCGCGAUCCUUUCAGUGCCAGGACUCUGACGUCGUCUUGCUGGGCUUGCAGGCCUUUGCAAAAUCCGAGGAGGAUGUUCCAGCGGACAGACAGGAGGAACUCUGCGCUAUUCUGCGACCUCUGCUGAUGCAUCGCGAUGAGCAGAUCGCUGUCGGUGCAGCCCGGGGUAUGGGUCGCCUGACAUCUGCAGGCAAGUCUUCUGCCAUCGCGGCGCUGGAGCAAAGGGGCAUCUGGCCAGAGACCCGAGCGGCAGUCCUCACAGCUCACAAGGAGGCACUCCAGGCCCUUGGUUCAGGAUGA